ACUUCCAAGAUUCACGAUCGCUUGCACAUGCAUGCACUCUAUUUUUCGCGAUCUUGCUAGGGAUGCGAAUUGUUACGGUUUCAGAACCGUCGGGCAGCUAUUCCCGCGGAUUUUUGGGACCAAGACGAUAGCGCCGCACUCUGCACAUUCGAUGAUUAAAGAUGUUUCAUAAUUUUUGCUACGUUAUCACUCCCAUCUGGGCAGACUACUGAAGGACGUACUCAAUGAUGCGGAGACGGAGCAGCUAGACGACGCUGACUAUUCGUUCUUCGUUCCCCGCUUCAGUAAUUCUCGUAAUCGGGAAAACCCGAGAAAAAAUUUACUUCCCGCGUUCAAUUCAACGUGAUUUGGACCACAAUCACUUUGAUCGUUCCCGUCGCUAAUGUCGCACAACGUUGAUCUCUCGACUUGGUCGGAUGACCGUCUGGCCGAAAACUCGGAGGACGAGGAGUCACUUGGGGUUGCGAAGUUGAGGGAGCGCAGGCGACGACGGCAGGGGAGAAAGGAGCAGCGAAAGCGGGAGGAGGCGGCGCGGCUAGCUGCCGAGGAGCUGAGGAAACAGAGGAAGCGAGAGGCAGGGGCAGAGGCGACGAAGCGCAGGUCCGUCGCAGUGGUCCUACCAUCAACGCUGGGUGGGAGGCUACCGUGUCUCCGAUGCGCCGAGCGCGGACUGAGCUGCAUCCCGGGCUCCGGGGAAUCCGCACCGUGUGCGGCGUGCAAGAAGGUGAAGAAGGGAUGCAAUCGCCCUAAGAUGCGCGCGGAGUUGGGGUCGUCGUCGGUACGUGCGAGGAAGCGGGUGCGGGUGGAAUCGGAGGUGUCAGAGGUGUCAGAGGUGUCUCAGGAGGAAGCGGAGGAGUUGAGUGUGGAAAGUCUGGUCGCGCAGAUCAAGGGUCCGAUCAUCGAACUCGGCAAGGCAGUUCGGUCCCAGAAUGCCCUGCUGGGCCAACUUCUAGCUCUGGUUGCGGACUUGGGCGCUACCAAGAGGCCGGAAGUCGAUGAGCCCGCGGAGGAACACCCGGAGGCGAACGCGACGGUCGAUCCAUUGCCUACACAUUGCCAUGCCACCUACGACGAAACCGUGGUUUCAUAUCUGCGACCUGCCUGACGGAGCAGCUAGACGAUGCUGGCUAUUCAUUUUCCUUUUUUUGCUUCAAUAAUUCCUAAUCACGACUUGUUGACACAUUGUCAUGCCUACAUCGAAUAUUUGCGACCCGUCUUCUACUCCAGAAGGGGAUCUGCGACCUGAACGGGCAGGCUCCUACCGUCCUUGACAUCUAUAUGACAACACUGCGUCUCAUUUUGUAUUGCCACAAUGAGCUAGCUAAUCUUCGAGUUGUCCAUCAAUUCCGCUGUG